UGCGCAUGUGACUGUAGCGGUGCCAAGGAGGGCGUUCGCUUCAAGAAAUGCGUUAACUUAUCGCUGAGUAGUUUAAAAUCCCCCUUGCAUCCACCUUACUGCUUUUCCUCGUUUUUUUCUUUCUUUUUUUUUGCAAAUCCCGGUGCCUAACUCAGAUCCAGCGGGGCCUGCAGAGACAGAGCCGUGAGCGCAGAGGAGCGGGCAUGGACGAGCGUCCCAGCGGAGACUUGCGCAGCGAGACAAAGCUACCAGGGUGUCUUACCCCUUGCUCGAGGACGGCCCGCAGUGUAAUGAUCAUUGUUGGGGAGCCCUCGGCCGAGAUCGCUCGUCCUUCCCAGGUUUCCGCGUAGUGCGCCUACACCCGAGCGGGGGAUCCACCGCACCGCACCGCACCUUCGGGGCGUCAGACGGGAUUUAUAGUUAUUAUCGGUGAGGCUGAUCUCAUGCUCACUGGCGGCUAUUGGCGGCUCUGACCUGUCACCGUCAAAUCGCGAUGUUAAUCCAAUCAAGUGUUUAAGGAGGAGACGCUAAGAAUAGCCGCCGAUUGCUGUAAAAAGUUUCGGAUCCUCAGCGUGGAGGCUUGAAGGUAAGAGAAGCAAAUGAAUCGGGCUCCAUGUAUAGUUCAUGGUCAUUGAUGAAUCACCUGCCAGAACCGAGCAGCCUUUUACUGCGAGGACAUCACAACAGCAUUGCGAUGAUCACGAGGAUUACUUUGGAGCCACGGUGGGAGCACUGAGCACAAUAGCUGCAAAGGAUCAGACCGCUGACAGGUUACAUAUGCUGCCAGGUGUGUGUGUGGAAUGUGGGCAGAAUGAGCAGCACAUUUGUUACAUUAGCUGAGGUUUUGGAGGCUCGAGGGGGCCCUCUGCUGGAGGAGGAGGUCUGGUCCCUGCUGUUGGGUGCUGCAGAGUGUUUAAUGGACGUCUCUUAUAAAGGUCACAACAAUAUGUGCAAUAUAAUAGGCCCCACUACCUUGCUGCUGUCAGCCACUGGGGCCUUAGCAUUUAAGAACUGUGGCCUGUCUGAUGAAGUGUCCACCUUUGCUGCUCCAGAGAUGCUGCAGGACCGUGCCAGCUCAGCCAAACCUGCCACAGAUAGGAUGCUGGUGUAUUCGCUGGGAAUGACUCUCUACUGGUCUGUUGAUUUUCAGCUACCUCAAAAUCAGCCAGUCCAGUUGAGUGACCAUCUAAACAGCCUCCUCCUCAGCAUGUGCGAGGACUUGGCCCACCGGCGAGUUAAUCUCACCUCCAUCCUGGAAGCCUGUGAAUCUCAACACAAAGCCGCAAUCCUGCUGCCCCCCUCCAAAGUCAUCAGGCAGCUUGUGGAAGAAGUUUUUCAUGACUCCAUGGACCACGGUUCUUUGCAAGACAGCAACAUCCCUCUGAGUGGGAGGAGCCAGAUGAUCAGAGAGAGACUUCAUGGAAAGAGAGGGCCAUUUUCAGAUUUCAGUGACGGCAGUGCAGAAGGGAGAAGGUACUCAACGGACUCUGAUUCAAAGUCAGGGAGUUUACCUCAAAGACCUUGGAGACAAAGACCAAGAAGCUCUCCCACAGCGUUGUACCAUUCUUCAUUAGAGAGACUCCCCCGUGCGGUGCGUCACAGGGACAGUAACUGCAGCUGGCUCGGCAGGAGCCCCCACCAAGACUUCUCUCCCAAGACAUCAGGCAGAUCUCACAGUCCUUCCAUCACCUUUAGUGAGUCCUCACUCAGCCUAAGCCAGAGAAAAGCUAAGACAUUAGGUCCCGAGUUUAUAAGAAUGCCGGACGAGCACCACAUUUUUCUAGAGCUUCCAGGAUCUAUUGUGUCCAGAAAGGGCCAUUCAAGUUCGUCUCAGAGAGAAGUGACUGUAGUGCUACCUAACGGACAGUACGUGGUUGUUCGCUGUGACAUUAAAUCCAGAGCAAGGGAUGUGUUUGACAUGGUGGUGGCUCACGCAAACUUGGUGGAACACUUUUACUUUGGUCUUUCCUUCCUAGAUGAUGAUGAAUAUUUCUUUUUGGACCACGAAACAAAAAUCUCCAAAGUUGCACCUGACAGUUGGAAAAAAGGGCAGAUAUCUUCCUUUUUGGUGUUUCUUCGAGUCAAAUUUUUUGUUGAUGAUGUCUCCUUCAUUCUGCACAGACUGACUCAACAUCAGUACUACUUACAGAUGCGUAGGGAUAUCUUGGAAGAUAGAUUUUACUGUAAUGAGGAGACUGGAAUGUUCCUCGCUGCUCUUGCUCUGCAGGCCGAGUUCGGUGAUUAUAUGCCGGAGUUGUAUGGUAAGAAUUAUUACCAGGCGGAGCAUUAUGUGUCCAAGAGGAUGAUGGAGAAGCUUGCCCUGCCCAGUAUCAAAGAGGAUUUGCCCAGACUACAUGCAAACCACAGCCAGUUACUCCCAGAAGAGGCAGAAGUAGAAUACCUAAAGAUUGUCCAGCAGCUACCAGAGUACGGGGUCAUGUUCCAUCGCGUGGGAAGAGAGAAAAGGCCUCUGAUAGGAGAGUUGGUUUUGGGAGUCUGUGCCAAAGGAAUCAUCGUGUAUGAGACAAAGAACCACGUCCGGACUGUCACCAGACGCUUCCUGUGGAGGGAAACAGACUCCAUCUCCACCGGGCGACGUAAACUGGUUAUAGAGUGUGGCGGACCCAGUGGGAAAAAGCACAGUUUUGUUACAGAAAGCUCAAAAAUAGCACAGUACCUCCUGAACCUCUGCUCAGCACAGCACAAGUUUCAUAGCGAGAUGACGUCCCGGCAGCUUAAUCACACCAUGAUCCCAGAUGAGAACAUAUCUGCCUACAGGGCUCGUAGCAUGAGCCUGAAGCGGAUAUCUUACUCAGAGGGCAUGCUGAACCAUGUCGGGCUGACAUCUGGACACCCAGAUUCCCUCUCUAAGUCCUGCACUGACCUGACAGCCAGGCUAGAGGCUCGGCUCCGCCAGCAGAGAGAGAUGAGGAGGGAGAUGAGCAGAGAGCUGAACAAGGAGCUGCCCGAAGCAGGAGACCUCAGGGAUGGGAAGGAGCGGCCGUGUUGGAGCUCCCCAGGGACGAAUCCCAGAAAGAUGUCCAACGUCUCGCUGCAGAAGCAGGACUCUGACGGCUCAUCCUCCAUACGAGUUGAUACACCAACCAGGACGCCACCAGAGAGAGAGAUCGUCUGUGUGUCCUUGAAGAAAGAUGACAAACUGGGUUUCGGCUUUGUUAUAGUGGGAGAAGACAGCACAGGAAAACUAGACCUCGGGAUCUUUAUUGCUUCCAUUGUGCCUGAUGGACCUGCAGACAAAGAUGGACGCAUCAAACCCGGUGGACGUCUCAUCUCCCUAAACAAGAUUAGUUUGGAAGGUGUGACGUUCAGCGACGCUGCUGCUAUCUUACAGAACAGCCCCGAUGAAGUGGAGCUCAUCGUGUCUCAGCCUAAAUACUCUCUGAAAGACAGACAGGGUUCCUUGAGUCAAAGUACGUUCGGUUUGUCGAACGAGAAGAGCUUUGGGUCACAGACCACCCUGAGUGGGACAGAGUUCCGGCCCACCAUGGAGGAACUGGAGGAAGUCAUCACGCUGUCCAACAUGGCCACCCCUAAACAGAACAAGAGGCUUCACAUUCCUGUUGUGCGGAUACAAGAUGCCCAGGACGUGCGUUCAAGGUCUCCUUCCAUCAUAAGCCUUACAACAGGAGAGCAGUUUAUGUUGGAGCUGAGGAAAAGCAGCGGGAGCCUUGGAAUCAGUGUAACUGGAGGAAUAAACACUAAUGUGCGAUAUGGAGGCAUUUACAUCAAGAGUUUGGUGCCUGGAGGUGCUGCUGAGCAGGAUGGGCGCAUUCAGACUGGUGACAGACUGCUGGAGGUUGACGGGUCCAACCUGAGGGGGGUGACUCACAAACAAGCUGUCGAGUGCCUGAAGAGGACUGGGGAGGUGGUGAACCUGCUGUUGGAGAGGGAGCCCACAAUAAUAUUGGAGCCCAGACCUGACUCACCCUGCCCUGCUUUGGUCCACAGUUCAUCAUGCAUUCAGCCCCCCAGGACUGAAGUUUCCAUGGAAACGACCUUGAGUGGUCGAGCCAAGGACUACAGCUUUGUAACUGAUGAAAACACUCACGAAGUGGUAUUAAAGAAGAACUUGUCUGGUCUCGGCUUCAGCUUUUACAUCUCACAGAUUUACUCGAGGGCAGACCGUGGCAGCGUGGUUCGCAUCAAACGUCUGUUCCCGGGUCAGCCAGCGCACGAAAGUGGCUUGCUACGAGAGAGAGAUGUUAUUCUGUCUGUCAACAACGAGCCUGUCAAAGAUCUCUCUUACCAGAGAGUUUUGUUCCUGCUACGUGGAGCCCCUUCCACAGUCCACCUGUUGAUCUGCCGACCAAGUCCUGGAGUGUUGUAUGAUGUGGAUGAUAACACGCUGAGUCCAGCGCAUGUGCGGGAGGUUCGAUCUCGGUCACUGGACAUCCGGCUCGGAGAGGACUACAGCCAGUUUCUUAAGUUUCCAUAUGAGAUCAACAUACCCGCAGAGACGGUGCCCCCCAGCAAGGAGCAUCUGUCCAACCCAGCGGAGAAGGUCCCAGAGCCUCCGGCGCCUCCAUUACUCCCAGAGAGCCAGAAAAAUCUGGAGGGAGAAGUGCAAACUGGCCAGACUCUUCCAUCUCCUCCUCGCACCCCCCCUUCACCUGCAUCCCCUACAUCUCCUCCGUCACCGGUCUCACCUGCGUCGCCAGCAUCACCUGCCUCACCCGUGUCUGAUUUCCCUCCACCGCCAACAGAAACACAAUUAAUUGAUGGAAACCCAGGGACUCAAGAGGAGGAAGAGGAAGAAGCUAAAAAAAGGAACAAGGAUGGGGAAAGGGAGGCCGCAAGGACACUCACCCCAACAGUGAUGCUUAUGGACGUUUACCCUAAGACUGCCUCUAAAACUGCAUUUACCAGUGGAGUCAGAGAGGAAGCAGAUGGAAGUGUGACCUACUGCCUUAUGGGUAAUGGACUUACCAUCAUGGCGGAUGAAGAAUAUUUAACCAUCAGCUCCACACUGGAGCCGUCCCACAGCAUUCCCGCCAACGACACACCGACGACAAACAUCCCGGCCCCUCGCUCUCAAACACCAAGCCCCUUUUCAUCUCCAAAGCCCAGAUUUCACAUACCGUCCACCCGCAGCUUGUCGUCUGACGCCUCGACCGCUUCCCCCGCGGCCCACCCGUCUCCGCCGCUCACGACGCAACCACCAAAAAUCAAGCACCAUCCAAUCCAGCAGGGCCUUCUUCCUAGUCAAUACAAAGCCAUGUCGAAGAACAUUCGGCCCACAGUGCCGCCACCUAUGCCUCCGCCAGUAACCCCCAUCACAGCCCAGGUGAUCUCCUCCGUGCCUCCCUGUACCGGCGUACCUGCCCCGGCGCUGCCGUCCACGGUGCCGCCCUCUCCGGUCCCAGCCCAGACCGCGCUGAGAGAAGAACCCGAGAGGAAAGUGAGAGAAUACAGAGAUGAUUAUGAUGAUGACGAAGAAGAAAUGGAUGAGGAGGAGGAAGAGAGUCGCAGAAAGGGAUUGGUUAAAGAGUUUGAGCUUCGAGUGGUUCUGUCCAAGUCCAGGAGUGGGAGCUUUGGGUUCACCAUCACUCGAAGCAAACUGGACAACUGCUACUACAUCCAGGACAUACUGGACAACCCUGCCAGGGCAGACGGGCGGCUCAGGGCAGGAGACAGGCUGAUCACAGUGAAUGGGCACACUGUCACCAGUGUGACAGAUGAUUAUGCCAUGACAAUUCUCAGGUCAUCACCAAGAAAACUGAGUAUGACACUGGGGAGAGCAGUCUGCAACCUGGUGGCUCCGCCCCCCUGUGACAGUCUGCCCGACAUCGUUAUUUACAAGACGCCUUCAGGACAGCUGGGAAUAAAACUGACCGGUGGCAUUGGCAGCAAAUGGCAGGGCAUCUUUUGUUUAGCUGUGGUGCCAGGCUCUCCAGCCAGUGAGGAAGGCAGUGUCCAACCCAAAGACAAGAUCCUGUACAUCUGCGGCAGGUGCACCCUGGGAAUGACCUUAGAGGAUGCAGUUAAAGCCUGUGAAAUCGCCCCUCGUAAAGUGAAACUGAAAGUCAUCAGGCAUGAGACGCCGGUGACCCCCAAGGCAAGAUGGAACGGCCUGUUUGACUGGAAAAAGGACAGGAAGUUUUUUGCUCGGUUCGACGAACCAGGCUCUCCUGAGAGGGAGUUUCCAAUUGAAGACUCUGAACCAACGUGCAGGACUGGUGGGGGUUACAGAUGUCUCUCACUCACUCAAGACCAGGAUAGUUGCAUCAUGCAAGUUGAAUUCAUGAAACCAGACGUCGGGGGUCUCGGCUUUGCUUUGGUCGGAGGAACAAACGGCAGCAUGCUCAGAGUGAGAGAAAUCUGCUCCGGUGGAGUGGCCGAGCAGGACGGACGGCUAAAAGUGGGGGAUAUUCUGCUAGAGGUGAACGGUGUGAUUGUGUCCGGUCUGAGCCACAGCAAGGUGGUGGAAAUUCUGCGAAAAGCUGAGGGUGCUGUUCAGCUCACCAUCUGCAGAGACAUCGUUCCCCUGACCUACUCGGAGUCGCCCACACCUCCAAACAUGUCUGCUCAAACGGAGCCUAUUUUAGCCGAGCAGCCUGCGCCCGUGUCCGUCUCUGACGGCCGUUCCACACCUGACGUCAUGCAGAGUAGGCCAGUUGAGCAUCCUCCCGAGGCCUCCUCAGACCCUGUGGUUAAUGAAACAGAAGUCAUCCUAACCUCACCACCUCCCCCUCACCGAGUGACUGCAGUAACGGCCGAAACUUCAGCUGAAGAGGAGAGUUGUAACAACACACCUUCUCAUCAAGCUUGCUGCCCAUCUCUUAAUGUCACUGACAUGCUGCAUGGAGCCACAGAAAGGAAACAAGUUGUGACCAAACUUUUGGACCAGACCUGCAAAGACAUUCGGCAAACUCAGUCUGACGGCUGGAGCAGCGAAGAGGAUGAUGUAUUUGAAGCCACAAAUCUGGAAGUGUCCUCACCCCAAACAGGCCCACCGUUGGUAUCACUGGAGGAACUGGCCAGUCUAGCGCUCAUUACUCCUGCCAAGAGCAGCCAGUACUCAGGCUCCAGGGUCAAAGCUCUCAUCCAGAUUCUGAUGCAUCAGCUGGACCAGCAGGAGCUGGUGAAAGAGUUCAUGGUCUUGGAGCAUCUCAAACCUUCUGACAACUGUCUGGUGGGAAAAGCCCGUGAGAACAGAGAUAAGAACCGCUACAGAGACAUUCUACCCUAUGACAAAACACGCGUAGCCAUCGGUGAGAACCAGGAGUACAUUAAUGCAAGCUACAUCCGAAUGCAAGUGGGAGCUCAAGAGUUUGUCUACAUCUCCUGCCAGGGGCCUCUGCCGUCCACAGUGCAGGCCUUCUGGCAAAUGAUCUGGGAAAACAAAUCUGACAUCAUUUCCAUGAUGACCCAGGAGGUAGAGCGUGGAAGGAUCAAAUGUCACAAGUACUGGCCAGAGAAGGUGGGCGUUCCUUUGGACACGGGCCGACACCAGCUUCACCUGGAGAACCAACAGUUCCUGGAAUACUUCCAAAUUAAACUCAUCCGUGUUGUGGAAAUAGAGACUGGUGAGGUGCACUUUGUUCAUCACCUGAAGUUCACACACUGGCCUGAUCACGGCGUGCCACACUGCUCUGAAGAGCUGGUUCGCUUCAUCCGCUACAUGAGGGCGGUGCAUCACAAGGGGCCCAUUACAGUUCACUGCAGCGCCGGCAUCGGACGCACCGGAGUUCUCAUCUGCACCGACAUUAUCCUUAACCUCAUUGAGAACGACCUGCCUAUAAAUGUGAGCGAAAUCGUGAGGGAGAUGAGGCUUCAGCGGCACGGGAUGGUUCAAACCAAGGAGCAGUACCUGUUCUGCUACAAAGUUUGGUUGGAGGUUUUACAGGGGAUUUUACAGCUUCAAGGCAACCAGUGGCAGCCAGAAAGUCCCAGAGACCACAAAGUAGUUUGAAUGUUUCCACCUCCAGCUCAGCUACAUGUUCAGUCUGUGAAUGUUCAACCGGGUGCAGUCAGUCGCGGCAGAGUGACACCUUUUCCUUUAGCUCCUGUUUGUUUAGUUAGCUAUAAAAUCUGUUUUUCUUCAUUUUGCUACAAUGACUAACUCUAUUUUUUAUUUUUGUCUGUGUUUGUAAUCUCUGUGCUGUGAUUAUGACAAUUUAGGUCACUGAGGUUGUUUUUUGCCUUUUCAGGUUUAGUCAUUUGCCUUCUUUCAGACUUUUUAAAAAAAAUUCUAUGUCAUCGCUUAAUUAUCUUUAUCUCAACAUCUUUUAUUUAUCAAAUUAUUAUUUUUAACACAUAAUGCAUGGAAUUCAAGAUCUAAUCUUUUAUCUGCCAUGCACUAACAUCAAAGUGCACACCAGUAGGAUCCUCACACCAAAGUUAGGUUUUUUUUGGCACCUUUAGGAGUACUAUUUGAUUAAGCCAUGGGCUAUCCUUUUUGUUAAGUGCAUUUGUUCCCCGGAGAAGGAUCAAAAAAGCAUUCAUUAUUUUUCAAAUCAUUGCAAGGAAAUGAAAAGAAUCAAGUGCCUUGGAAAGACACGACCCACUUGCUUCACAAUGACCCUGGGCCUCUCGAUGCAAGCGGUCAGCGAUGGAGAGCUAGUAACUGACGGAGGAAAAGCUGACAGUGGUUAGAAUGAAUGUCUGCGUUUGGUCUGAGGUGGAGGAUUACAUCUCAACUUUUGGUUGGUAGCUCAGUUGUAACUUCAGUGUUCUCUCGCCGCCUUUCUUUCUCUCUCUCUGGGGUCAUUUUAUAAAGGAAAAAACACCCUCCCAAUAAAACUUUUAAACAUGUGACCACAAUCUGCACAUCCCGACUCCCAAGAUAAAGAAUGAUUUCACGUAACAAAUGUCUGAAUGAAUUCAUCAAUUUUCAAAUCACUCUUUUACUAAAAUUUGGAAAAAGUCUUUGCUCUAAGUAUACGAUUUAUUGUUUUUUUUUGUAAAAUGUACAAAACUAACUUAAGCCUAAUGAUUAGUUUCAGGAAUUUUAAGUGUAAGUUGUUAUGUGAUAGCAUCCUUCAUCUACAUCCGUAUCCCACUGUUGUUUUUCAUACAAACUCAGCCGAAAAUGCAAAAAAAAACAACAAACACAUAAUGAGGUUUACAAACUUUCCAUCCUGUCACGUCAGAUGUUGUACAAAGCAACGGAGCUACAUCUCAAAGUCACAAAUCAAAGAUGAUUUAUAGCUGCUAAUUUUGGAUGUCACUGCUUGUACGCUUUGUUCAAUCACCUGCAAACAAACACACCAGCUUUCUUAUUGCAUGCUGUCUAAAAAAAAAAAGAAAAGUUCAGACAUCCUAGCCUGCAGUUUGACUGAAUUACUUGAACAUGAUUAAAAUGUUGAAUGUAAAGGAAGCAACUCUCCACGAGGAGAAUAUCAGAACGUCACUUUCUUACUUGCAAGCGUCUUCCAAAGUGUUUGGAGCAUGCCGGGAAGACGUGCAGUACCAUACCCUCGCCACGUUGGUGGCCACGCAGAGCCAUCGGCCUCUGCACCGCAUCCGCAACACCUCACCUCACUCAGCGCUGGUCGCCUGGUUCCCAGUGAUAGCUAACCCCUCUGUUAUGUGCAAGUUCUCUUUGAGAUUGUGUUGAUAUGUUUUCUGCCCCACAUCUUGGAAAGAAUGAGCAAAAAGCACAUGUUGCAUUCAUAUGUGAAGAUGCAUCUUGUACAGUCAAGCAAGUGCUUAUGCAAUAGCAUUGUGAAAUGUAAUAAUCUCUUAAUUGCACAAAUGCUUAUUUAUGCUGAAUUAAUAACUUGUCAAUGUACCAGCCACUAUUUAACCAAUAACCGAGAACAAUGUAAUACCUCUCUCUUUAAUUAAAAUCUAUUCUGAAACUUGUUUGUGUGUUAUACAACACAUUUCACCCCUUGACUCUGAGCACACAACGAGACUUGGGUUAAACAAUGCAGCGUGAGCAGCAGCGAGAGCGGCAGCGCGUUUUCCCUGAGAGCACAUGGAGAACAGAGAGCCAUAGGCGUCCCUAAAUCUAACUCCACUGCCCCCAACUCCUCCCCUCUACUUUUACUGCAGGGUAUACUCCCUCUCGGGUUUUACUGCAGGGUAAAUAAGCUGGUCUCACAGGGGCCUUUUGUGACAGUAUGGAAACCCCUGGAAACACACUCCGCUCACAUAUAAACCUGAUGUUGGGGGAGCCACAGAGCAGAUUUACUCACUCACUUUUUUGUUCUGCUCUUUAUGUCCAUUUCCUUUGCCCUCGUGGACUAUAUCUACCACCACUCCACUCAAAUAC